CCAAUCAGCAGUUCAGUCAACAAAGCCCCGCCCACUGCAAUUCACUUAAUGAAACCCCUCCCACAGCAGUCACAUCAUCAGUGAAGCUCCUCCCACAGCAGUUCAUCAAUAAAUGCUGGAAUAUUCCCAUCAGAAGAGCACUGAAGCAUCAGGAAGAGCUGGAAACUGCAGAGAACAUGAGUGAUCCAGAACCCUGCAGAAUGAAACACACUGAAGAUACUGAAGAACAAAGAGACCUGAUGGAAGAAAGCGAGGAGAGUGAAGAACUAAAGACAGUUCUAAAGAAAAGAGCCAAGAAAUCUUUCACCUGCACUCAGUGUGGAAAGAGUUUCUCAACCAAACAACAUCUUGAGCUUCACAUGAGAGUUCAUACAGGAGAGAAGCCGUUCACAUGUGAUCAGUGCGGGAACAGCUACAGUCAAUCAUCAAGCCUUAAAGAACACAUGAGGAUCCACACCGGAGAGAAGCCACACACAUGUGAUCAAUGUGGGAAGAGUUUCACGCGAUCAUCAAGCCUUAAAGAACACAUGAGGAUCCACACCGGAGCGAGACCGUUCACAUGUAAUCAAUGUGACAAAACAUUUCGUGGGGAAUCCACCUUUAAGAAACACCUGCAAGUUCAUACAAAGGAGAAGCCAUAUUCAUGUUCUGUGUGUGGAAAGAGUUUUUCACAGCUGCAAUAUUUAAAUAAACAUGAGAAAAUACACACUGGUGUGAGAGAGUACAUGUGCUUUGAGUGUGAGAAGACUUUUACUGCAGCAAAUGGUUUAAAACAGCACCAGAGAAUUCACAAUGGAGAAAAACCUUACAAGUGUUCACACUGUGACAAGAGAUUCAAUCAGUCAACACAUCUGAAAACACAUGAGAGGAUCCACACUGGAGAAAAACCUUACAAGUGUUCACAGUGUGACAAGAGAUUCAAUCAGUCAUCAUCUCUGAAAACACAUGAGAGGAUUCACAGCAGAGAGAAGCCGCACACGUGUGAUCGGUGUGGAAAGAGUUUCUCUUUUAAAAAUCAGCUGAAGAUACACGUGAAGAUCCAUGCAGUGGAGAAACCACAUCACCACAGUCUGCAAUCAUGAUAAGUAGUUCAUCUUUAUGUGCUCAGCAACAGUGUCUCUUCUGUGUAAGUUAGAUACAGCCAAAUCUCUCCUCUCCACCUAUAGUUGGCGCUGUUGCUCUGUGGCUGCUGUUGAAUUAUCCAGGUUGUUGAUGAGGAGCGACCCCGAAAUGCCUCAUUCAUUCAUGUACUUGUGUGAAACCUCAUCAGUCGCAGCCCAAGUACUGUUCCAAUUCAAAGUUCACAUCUAGUCAAGUACAGUUCAAAUCCCCGGAUGUGUUCUUGAUCCGCCCCUUUUAUUGAGGAUGCAUCAAGAGGUGACUUGUGCGGACUUGAGACAGCCAGGUAUCCCAGAAUGCAUCACACACUAACCAGCAAGCGUCAACAGUAAAGCAGAAAACCUGUGUAAUUUAAACAUAUUACUGUUAUUAUGUCAUGAUAUGUAGUUUUAAGAGUUUUCAGGCAAGAAUGUACUGGUUUAAAGAUCAAAUUUGUGGUUUAUUGAUAAAAGUAGCGCCUAUUUGGAGUUGUGAGAUCCAGGCAAUCACCGGGCGCUCAGCACUCAUGUACCCCGCCGAGAACAGCCUAACCUCGGCUAAUCCUUCUGAUGUUUGCUGCUGGCUCUGAUGUCUCUGUAGUGCUUAAACAUAAUAUAAUUCAUCUUUUGUAAAUCUAACGGGUGGUCUCAUAAAUCUAUAAUUUGUUGGACUAAAAGUGAAAUAUCAUAACUUUAUAUAGUUAGGCGUUAUAGUUUACUGUUGUAGCCUACUAGAGCGCUGACUUUGUAUGUUUGACUGAAUCGUUUGCUUUAUUUUUUAUUGUAGCUUCUUAUACCUUUUACUUAUACUUUUUAUAACGGGUAUUUGGCUAUUGUUGGCCAUUAAAACUGACAUUUAACAAAAAGAGUCAGGGGUGUGUUUUAUAUUUGCAGACUAUAUGCACAUAUUGCCACAUAUGUUUGAUAUUUUUAAAAUGGAAACAAAAAGAGGAAGAACUGUGUUUUAUAGUUCGUUUGGUAAUAACUAUACAUGCAGUGAAGACUGUAACACUACACAAAUAAAGUUUGUUCUUUUCCUUCCUAAAACUGUGUUUGAAUGAGUGUAGAUACAACAAAUAACCACAAAACAAAGAAUAAACGCCAACCCAGAGUGUAUUAUACAAGAUGACACAGAAAAGCAAUACAGGUGCUGGUCAUAUAAUUAGAAUAUCAUC